AUGUACUCUAAACGAAAACGACACACAGACCACCCCCGCGAACCUAAUUACGACCCCCGUCGCGUUCAAGAGGACUACGAGCGUACCCAAGCUGACCAUGCUCGCGCUCUGGCGAAAUUCCAGCUUCAGGCGUACGAGGCGGACGUUGUGACAGGCCCUGUCGCGAAAGGCAGAGCCAGGAUGUUGGAGUACGUGGAAGGAGUUGGACCAGGGAAGGGAUUGAUCGCCUGCGCUCCAGGCGAUGAAGAGGGUUCUGGCUCCGGUGCACAGAGCGAUGCAGGAUGGGGCGGAUUCGAUGGCGGAGAAGACGUUAUCUCGUUGGGGAGCUCUGCGGUGACCUCAAAGUCGUCCACCGCACCGAACAGGGUCACUGGGGAAUCCGGGGUAGGAAAAACAGUUUGGGUUGACCGAUACGACGCUCGGUUACUUCUCGACUCGUUCGCCUCGAGAUCCCUGGGCCAUGAUGGGAGACAUGCCAGCUCUCGGUCCACAGAAGCGUUGGACGAAGACUCGGAUUCUGGCUGGUCAGAUCUCCCAGAUGUGGAGGAGGUCGCAGAAACAUUCCUUCUAUCUCCUGACGAAGCACUGGAACUCCAUCGUCAGAAACGUCGCAAGCUUAUGGAUGAAGCUUGGGAGCGGAGGAUCCGGGAACGAGAAGAGGAGGAUGCAGAGGACGAAGCCUCUGAAGCAGCAGCGGCAGCGGCCCUACUAGACGAAGAGCCCAUACCAGAAAUGCUUACCCUAAUGCAACGCACCGCAUCGCACCUGGCCUCGGCCUCCAACCCUGCUCAGCUCGAGAUGCGAAUAUUGGCCAACCACGGCAACGACGAGAGAUUCUCAUUCAUGCGGGAAGGCGGCAGGAGUAGAAACGUCUGGUUGAGAAUCAAGGCGGAGGCGGUGGAAAAGGUCAAGAAGGCGAAAGAGGCUGAGGAGAAGGAGAAGCAGAAGAAACGGGGGCUAGGCAUGGGGGUGUUGGCUGGGUAUGAUAGUGAGGAUGAGAGUGGAAGUGAGGGAGAGGAGGCGCCUCCGCCACCUCCGCCCCCGCCUGAGGACGAAGCUCCAGCACCUCCACCGCCCCCACCACCUGCCAAUGUACCGGACAAAGAGGCUCUCAAGGCUGCGCGUCGUGAGAAAGCGCGCCAGUGGCUUGAAGAGAGGAAAAAAUCUGGUACAAAUUCAUGA